UUCACAUAGACGUAUAUUCCAUUCAACUCUUCCUGUUCCCAUUCACAAUUGUUAAAAUUUUCGAGCUUGUAGCCUAUGUGCGUUCGCUUAGCCCCUGAUCCUGUACGGUGGCAGUUUUACUAUUGCAUGGCUAGGCAGUCUUGCUGUUUCUGUCUAAUCUCAAUUCAUUUCAGAGUCUGCCAAUGUCAUCACUCCGUUGCUGCUCUUUCUCAUUAUCGCGCUGUAAAUCGACAUGAAACUAGAAACCCGUUACUCAACGAUUUCAAACCGACCGAAUCACUGUUAUUGAAUUGAAUUGAAUGUUUAUUGGAGCCUGAAAGAUCGAUUGCUGUAUUAUAUUGUCUAUAUUGAUAUAUCGAAAUUGGACUCUUAACUAGACGUCAAUGAGAACUGUAUCACUUAACUCAUCUCAAAUUUGUUGAUAUAUUUGCAAAGAAAAUGGAUAGUUCGAAUCAAAACAUGGCGUCGUCGGAAUCCAGCGUACAUUUAGAGAAACCGGCUAACUUUGCGGUUCCAACUAGCCAGACACAGUAUAACAACCAACAACCGAACCAAACUGCGCUGCUGGCAGCGACUUUGGCGGCGGCGAACGGCAAUUUGGCCGCGUUGUUCAACUCGUCUGCGUCGCUACAAGCAAAUCUGCCUUUCUCUUUGGACUCCAAUAACAACACGACGAAUCUGCAGAAUGCGUUUCUUGCAAAUGUGUUGACGUCAUCAUUCAACUCUCCUCCUCAAGGUGUAUCAAACAACCCCUCCGCUUCGCCCAACCUCGUGCAGUCAUCUCCGUCAUCAAAACAACAGCAGCAAACAUUCACACCUGCCCAACUAACCGAAGCGUCUCUAAGCCUAAACAGCAAUUCAAUCGCAUCACAGCUGCCAUCGAUGGCCGCCGCUCUCUUCUCAUCAAACGCUCAGCAAACUAACACGAGCAUCACAACCAAUGGGUAUGCAGCACUGAACAAGGGACAACAACAGUCUGCUGGUUUGAACUCUCUUUUUUCGUCGCAGCCAUCAAACGGAAGAGGUUUCCAGGUCUCUCAGCCACAGCUGGAAAAUUCCCCGACAUCUCAAAUGCAGCAAAAUCAACUCCAGAUGAACAGUAAUUCCAGUGCCGAACACUCGCAAAGUAGUCAUCAAAAUGUUAACAGCGCUGCCAAAGCGGGAUCCGCUAACCAACCUCAGCAGAAUAAGUUGCCGUCUUUGCUAGGUUUGACUCCUCAACAGCAAUCUGCGUUGGAGGAGUACGCAAACGCUGUUGCAGCACAGCAAAGAAUUCUGUCAUCUCUUAACCCGGCUAUUUUUGGCGCUAUUUCGGGUGCUCAGAGUACGAACAAUAUGAUGGGCGGUGCUGCAGCAGGAAACAAUAGCAUGAAUCUGCUAGCGAGUAUGCUGCAAGCGCAAAGCGGAGCCUCUGGCGGUGACUUGGCGGCGGCACUGAUGGGAAUGGGAAUGACGCUUCCGUCUGCCAUGAACAACGACGGCGGAACUGACUGUCAAGACGCAAGUGCUGCUGUGAAUGGAAACAGUGCUAAUGGCGGGGAGAAUCAUGAAGAGCCCUCGACAUACCAGAAUGGAAGCGCCACGCCCUCGAAAGAACCAAACAAUCAGAAUAACGAAUUCGAGUCGGAAUCAUCGUUGAACCACAGUGGCAGUGGAAUGACUUUCAACAGAGCAGACAACGGUGGUAACGUCCAUGUGACUAGACCUGAAAGUGCGGCAACUCCUGAUGAAUUUGCGAAUGAUGCAGCGAAAAACGACUUCACUCAAGGCUCUCAAAGUGCUCAGCCUGCAGGCGCAACCGCCUCAAUUGAUGGAGCUGCUGCCGCAUCGCCAGAGAGUAAUCUCUCGGAAGCACCGGCCACUCGGAACCUAGCGGGGACUGACAAUGCCGCUGCUAAUGAGUCGGGAAAUGGGAAUGAGCAGCAAGGAUUUGACUACCCUCAAGUCGGAAUGGAUUCGCACCUGUUCCAGGAGUAUCAAAACCAGCUUCUUCGGCAGAUGGUCCAGCAGAACCCGAAUCAACAGCAGAACGGAUUGGUCCCUCCACCCGCGCUGAACAACCACUCCCAGAACAAUGCGCACAUGAGCACCCAACAGCAAUACGCAAUGGCUAUGGCAGCUUUGCAGAGUCAACAGCAGCAAAACAUACUGGCUCAGGCGAUGGCAGUUGUAAACGGACAGAACAAUCCAACUCCUCCUGCCAACGGUGCCUCUGGCCCGAACCAGAACAACAACUCGAACGCAAACCAGAAUUCAGCUGCAGCUCUAGCAGCUGCCUUGAACCCCUACUUGUUUGCUGACCCCUACGCUUUGGCUCAGGUUGCAGGAUCGCAGUUCCUGAACCCGUACAACGGGGGAGGCUAUAACCUGCCGUUCAUGUACCCUCAAAUGCUGCAACAAAACGCAGCUAAUGGACAGAAUAAUGCUGGGAACCAGAACAAUCAAGUGGCGAAUCAGGGAAGCCAGAGCGAACAGAAUAAUCAGGUUCAGAAUGGAAACAACGGAUCCUUGAUGUCUCUAGGAGCGCCAGGGUUCCAGCUAUUGGCACCUACUCCGGCUUACUAUGAUGCAACUGGACAGCUAGUUUUGGCAUUGCCUCCGAAUAAUCAAAGGGAUCCAGCAGCAGCUUUGAGGAUGCUACCCUUGUUGAGUUCGCUCGCUGGAGGUGGACUAGCAGUAGUAUCUACUAAUGGUCUAACUGUAACUUCGAAUACAAAUUCGAACUCGAACAAUCAAAGAGAAGAUAAUCACGUGUCUCCAAACACAGAAACAAACAAUAACGUUGUUAAAAACAAUAAGGAAGUGAAUCAUGAGAAUGAAUUGUCGAUUCGAAGAGCGCACGAUGCCUUCAAGUCAGCAACUGGAAAUCGGAUUUACGACGACGAAGUGUUCUCGUCCAAAGCAGCGAUAUCGGAUGAACUGGAUGCGAGGAAUCUUGUUGAACAGCUGCCCUCGUUUUUCAGCGCCACCCGAGCGACUAACGAGAGUCCAAUGAUAUCUCGGUCACGACGCUUCUCGGACGAUACGAUAUCUGUGAUGUCAUCGAGAGUAAAUUCACCGCCCCCGCGACUGCUGUCGCCAACGACGAAAUACAAGAACGAACAGAGAGCAAUCACUGCUUUCGCUAACGCGUCUGCCGUGCCCUCGCCUUUCUUAGAGGACACGUCAGAUGUCUUUUCGUCUCACAACUUUUUCUCAUCCAACGAGCACUCGAGACGCUCGAACAGUCAUCACGUGAAUACUGGACAUCAAGGGGCGACCCGAUACCACCCCUCGACAAUUGGAAGUGCUCCGUCUCCGCCGCCUCCGAGUCGCGGCUUUGGUGGCGGUGGACGUAACUCGAAUAGCUACUAUUCCGACACUAACACUAAACUGUACUCUUCCCACUCACCUACAUUUGAUGAUAUGUUGAGACAUGAUUUGUACAGCACUUCGCCUACUGAGUUUUCUCCCGCCUCCUCUCCCAUUAAUUUGGCCCCAGGAGCAGAAGCGAAGUACCGCAGUGGCAGCUCCAACCUCUUCAACUCCCCAAACUCCCUGUUCAGCAGUGGAGCCAGAGGACUGAGGGGUGCAGGAGGGUACGGGGGAGGGGACAAACUGGGGAGUCAAGUUCAACUGGCAGGAACUGUGGGAAACAAUGGUCUGAUGAGGAGCAGGUUGCUUGAGGACUUCAGGAACAACCGACUGCCUCAUCUACAGCUGAAGGAUCUACCCGGACACAUCGCAGAGUUCACCCAGGACCAGCACGGAUCCAGGUUCAUUCAGCAAAAAUUGGAGCGUGCUUCGAAUAGUGAGAAGCAGCUGGUGUUCAAUGAGAUCAUCAGCAGUGCCUACAGUCUCAUGACGGACGUGUUUGGAAACUACGUCAUCCAGAAAUUCUUCGAAUUCGGAACCCAAGAGCAGAAGAACAUAUUGGCCGACAAAGUCAGAGGACAUGUUUUGCCGCUGGCCCUGCAGAUGUAUGGAUGUCGUGUGAUCCAGAAAGCUCUGGAUUGCAUCAGCCGAGAACGCCAGAUUGAGAUGAUCCGAGAGUUGGACGGACACGUGAUCAAGUGUGUGAAAGACCAGAAUGGAAACCACGUGGUGCAGAAGGCCAUUGAAGGCGUGAACCCAGGAGCUCUACAGUUCAUCAUCGGAGCAUUUGCAGGACAGGUGACAGAGCUGUCCAUGCACCCUUAUGGCUGCCGGGUCAUCCAGCGCAUCCUAGAACACUGCACCAUCCAACAGACAGCGCCUAUUUUGGAGGAGUUACACGCCCACACUGAGAAGCUGGUCCAGGACCAAUAUGGAAACUAUGUCAUCCAGCAUAUUUUGGAGCACGGACGUGCUGAGGACAAGAGCAAAAUAGUGCAGGAGUUGCGAGGUAAAGUGAUGUUGCUGGCCCAACACAAAUUCGCCAGCAACGUCGUCGAGAAGUGUGUUGUGCACGCCUCCAGACCCGAGAGAGCUAUGUUGAUUGAAGAAGUUCUCUACGGCGAGGGUGCAAACAGUGCACUGUGUACCAUGAUGCGUGAUCAGUUCGCAAACUACGUCGUCCAAAAAAUGAUAGACGUUGCCGAAGCGAGUCAGAGAAAGAUUCUCAUGGCCAAGAUCCGACCUCACAUUUCGAUGCUGAGAAAAUACACGUACGGAAAGCAUAUAAUUGCUAAGAUGGAAAAGUACUAUAAUAAGCAUAGUGGGUUGGUCCCAGGAGGGGACGAUUUGCUGAGUCAUCACGGAGGAUCUGAUAUGUCGCAGGUGAACAGCGCAUUCAGCAUCGGGCUCAAUUUAAACGCCGGACUGAACUAACCGCUUUUAUCAGUCAUGAAGAUAAACAGAAAAGAUGAACGGUUUACGAAGGUAUGAAUUGAGGUCGAAAAACAGACCAUAAAAACUUACAUUUAACAUAGUACGUGAAUGUGAACUGUUUUUUUUUGUUUGAUAUGCAGUAAUUGUCUUGAAACAUUUUUUUUUGCUCUUAUUUAUAGCAUUCUUUGCUUUCUUUCUCCGGGAACAUCUCGCGAACUUUCCCUCUGUUAUUUUUUGUUCAUCUAUCCAAAAUUUAAUGUAAUCCAAAUCUGUCCAAGUAAAGUUAAUCAUGCAGUUUGUGCUUAAAGUAAUGUAAUGCUCCUUUGCUGGAAGACCCUAUUGCUGUUUUAGUACCCAAGUCUUCCCUAUUUUUGCUUUAACUGUCCUUUAUAGCCUUAUAGUUUUAUAUAGUAUACUACUUUACCCGCUUGAGGCUUUUUUUUGCAAACCCUUGAUACCAAUUUUGAUGUGCAUGCUUGGUGGAAAGUUUUUAAAAUCUGAACGGGCCCUAUUUAAUUGUCAUCUCAUAAUGAUAGAUACCUUUUUUCAUUCAUCUGUCCAAUGUUAAUCACUUGAAUUGAUGGUGCUGGCAUUAAUUUAAACAAACCUGUAAAAAUGUUAAAAGUGUACGUAAGUUGUUAACUUAAACCACCAGACGAUCCGUCUCGCGAUGUUUUUAUUUCCCUGUCUUCAUCAUUGCCCCCCUCGACCAAAUUUCGCAAAAUAAGAGUAAAGAAAGAAAAUCUUCUGCAGUUAAUUUUCCACCACUGAAAGGACAUUGGGUCAUGAAACUGCAGUUUUCCUGGAACUUUGGAAUUUCAUACCAAACAGUACUGAUAGUCUAUUUAAUCAAGAGCACUUCAUUUGCUUGCAGUAUUAUUACUACAUAACCUAGUGUAUUAUUGUAAUGUGAUUACUGUUCAGCGCAGAUUUUGUUUUGUAGUAUAAAUAUGUAUUAUGCUGAUUAAACUAGUGUUUAUUACCGAAACAUGAAAACAGAAUGCAGUCAACGAACAUUGAAAGAUCCAAACGAUAAUUUUGAUAAUUUAGCUGGAUCUUUUCUUGUCUAAUUUAAACAGGAGUUAGUUUCAAAGAAAGCGUGUUGUGUACAUAUGUUGUACAUUGUAAUAAAAUGUGUAUCUUAUUUUGUUUCACUGAAUACAGAACUAAGCAACCUCGAUCAAUUCAUACUGAACUAUUUAUUCAUUUAUACCUUCCCUAUUUAAAUGAUCAGAUCAAUGGAGUUGUACUUUAUGAAAAUUCAAAACAUUAAACAACCGCCAAUACCAUGGAGAGUUUUGAGUUUUUAAUGGUGACCAAACAAGUGAUUUGUUCUUUUGAUUGAAAAUACCCUAUCAAAAUUGGAUAGAACAAAUGCUUGUUCAGUGUGAUGAUAUUGAGUCAUUUAAUGGCUUCGAAGAAUUUUGAUAAAAACUGUACUAAAUUGCCUAUUUAUUAUGCUCAGUAAAAAUGAUGCUCAAUUCCUUGGGAUUGAUAACCAUUUAUGAACGUAUCUCGUGUUUUAAACAUUCUACUACCCGUAUUUGCUUGUUGGUUUAUUCGUUGCAUAAAUUCAUCUCACGUCCAGA